AUGGGGCCCAGGGGGUCAGUAGCAAAGGGCCUCGGGAGGGUCAGCACCUCGGGCCACGGGGGUGUAAGCAGCACGGGGCCUGCCGGGGGUCAGCUGCACGGGGCCUGGGGGGGUCAGCUGCAUGGGGCCCAGGCGGAAACACGGUCCUGGGAGUUCAGCAGCUCGGGCCACGGGGGGGUCAGCAGCUCGGGCCACGGGGGGGUCAGCAGCAGCAGGCCCAGGGGGGUCAGUAGCACAGGGUCAGGGGGGCAGAAGCACGGGACCUGGGAGGGUCAGCAGCUCGGCCCCGGGGGGGUCAGCAGCAGCAGGCCCGGGGGGGUUAACAGCACAGGAACUGGGGUGUCAGCAGCACGGGGCCUGGAGGGGUCAGCAGCUCAGGCCACGGGCGGGUCAGCAGCAGUGGGCCCGGGGGGUCAGCUGCAUGGGGCCCGGGGGGUCAGCAGCAAUGGCCCUGGGAGGGUCAGCACCUCGGGCCACGGGGGUGUCAGCAGCAGCAGGCCCAGGGGGGUCAGCAGCACAGGGAAUGGAGGGCAGAAGCACGAGACCUGGGGGGUCAGCAGCUCGGGCCACGGGGGGGUCAGCAGCAGCAGGCCCGGGGGAGUCAGCAGCACAGGACCUCGGGGGUCAGUAGCACGUGGCCCAGGAGGGUCAGCAGCACAGGGUCUAGGGGGGUCAGCAGCACGGGGCCCGAGGGUUCAGCAGCAUAGGGCCUGGGGGGGCAGAAGCACGGGACCUGGGGGGUCAGCAGCUCGGGCCACGGGGGGGUCAGCAGCAGCAGGGCGGGGGGUUAACAGCAUAGGAACUGGGGGGGUCAGCAGCACGGGGCCUGGAGAGGUCAGCAGCUCAGGGCAUGGAGGGGUCAGCAGCUCAGGCCACGGGCGGGUCAGCAGCAGUGGACCCGGGGGGGUCAGUACCAAAGGCCCUGGGAGGGUCAGCAGCACAGGGUCUAGGGGGGUCAGCAGCACGGGGCUGGGGGUGUCAGAAGCACAGGACCUGGGGGGUCAGCCGUUCGGGCCACGGGGGGUCAGCAGCUCGGGCCACGGGGGUGUCAGCAGCACGGGGCCUGCCGGGGGUCAGCUGCAUGAGGCCCAGGAGAUUCAGCAGCACAGGGUCUGGGGGGGUCAGAAGCACGGUCCUGGGAGUACAGCAGCUCGGGCCACGGGGGGGGUCAGCAGCUCGGGCCACGGGGGGGUCAGCAGCAGCAGGCCCAGGGGGGUCAGCAGCACGGGGUCAGGGGGGGCAGAAGCACGGGACCUGGGGGGGUCAGCAGUUCGGGCCACGGGGGGUUCAGCAGCAACAGGCCCGGGGGGAGUCAGCAGCACAGGGCCUCGGGGUGUCAGUAGCACGUGGCCCAGGAGAGUCAGCAGCACAGGGUCUGGGGGGUCAGAAGCACGGGACCUGGGGGGUCAGCAGCUCGGGCCACGGGGGGGUUAG